AUGGUCCUAUCAUUUAUUCUCGUGCAGAACCGCCAGGGUAAGACGCGGCUUGCCAAAUGGUAUGCGCCUUACAGUGAUGAGGAAAAAGUGAAGCUCAAGGGCGAGGUCCAUCGCCUCGUUGCACCGCGAGACCAGAAGUAUCAGUCGAACUUUGUCGAAUUCAAACGCAGCACAAAGAUUGUCUACCGGAGAUAUGCGGGGUUGUUCUUCUGCGCCUGCGUCGAUACGACGGAUAACGAGCUGGCCUACCUCGAAGCCAUCCAUUUCUUCGUCGAGGUCCUGGAUCAGUUUUUCGGAAAUGUGUGCGAGCUGGAUCUAGUGUUCAAUUUCUAUAAGGUCUAUGCGAUCCUCGACGAAGUGUUUCUUGCGGGAGAAAUCGAAGAGACAAGUAAACAGGUUGUGCUCACGCGACUCGAGCACUUGGACAAGCUGGAGUGA